CCCUCCCCUCCCCCCCAACCUUUCUUCCCCAUUACUAACACCCCCCACUCUCUUCCCUAUAUUUCUUCCAUCUUUGAGCGACAGGUUUUACUGUCGCUUCCAGAUUGUUUCUCUUUCAAUUUCCCUUUUACAUCUCGUUGCGUCCGAUCGUGUUCCCCCCCCUCAAAGAAAUCCACGCCUCCCUCACGAGACCUCCCCUCCCAGUUGGUCCGCCCCUCCUCAGUUGCAGUCAAUCGUCAUAAUUUCUCUCCCCACCACCCUUGUUGUUACUUACGGUGGUCACUGCAAUGGACAACAACAUGGAGAUCGAUACGGCGCGGUCGCCCGAACCUCAUCAUCUCUCCCCGACCACCGAUCCGGGCUCCAUACCCACCCUCGACGGAUGGAUCGAAAACCUGAUGACCUGCAAGCAACUAGCGGAGGAAGAUGUGCGGAGGCUGUGUGAUCGGGCAAGAGAGGUCCUACAGGAAGAGUCGAACGUGCAGCCCGUGAAAUGCCCGGUGACUGUGUGCGGUGAUAUACACGGCCAGUUCCACGAUCUCAUGGAGCUUUUCCGCAUUGGUGGCCCCAAUCCGGAUACGAACUACCUGUUCAUGGGUGACUACGUCGACCGUGGUUACUACUCCGUAGAGACCGUCACGCUCCUUGUCUGCCUCAAAAUCCGUUACCCUCAGCGUAUCACCAUCCUUCGGGGAAACCACGAAUCCCGCCAGAUCACGCAAGUUUACGGCUUUUACGACGAAUGCCUGCGCAAAUACGGCAACGCCAAUGUCUGGAAAUACUUCACUGAUCUGUUCGACUACCUCCCCCUCACCGCACUUAUCGAGAACCAGAUCUUCUGUCUGCAUGGUGGUCUGAGUCCGUCGAUUGACACGCUCGACAACAUCCGCUCCCUGGAUCGGAUCCAGGAAGUCCCACACGAGGGUCCGAUGUGCGACUUGCUCUGGAGUGACCCUGACGACCGAUGCGGCUGGGGCAUCUCCCCCCGCGGUGCUGGAUACACAUUCGGGCAGGAUAUUUCGGAGGCAUUUAAUCACAACAACGGCUUGACUCUGGUGGCACGGGCGCACCAGCUGGUAAUGGAGGGUUAUAACUGGUCGCAGGAUAGAAACGUGGUCACGAUUUUCUCGGCUCCUAAUUACUGCUACCGCUGCGGCAACCAAGCCGCAAUCAUGGAAAUUGACGAGCAUCUGAAGUAUACGUUCUUACAAUUCGAUCCCUGCCCGCGUGCAGGAGAGCCCAUGGUCUCGAGGCGCACACCCGAUUAUUUCCUGUGAUUUGUUUGUGAUAGACAUUUCUUCUCACCUCUGGCAAGUUGAGGUUCUCCGACCCUUCGAAAGGGCUCCUGGGAUGUUGGGACAAGGAUACAUCAAGGCGGUCUGCCUAAAUAAUUGUAUGUCCGUAUUUCUGGCCGUGUUGAUACCAUUCAUGAAAAUAAAAGACGUUUCGAGACUAUAUCCACCUUCCGGCGGAUGGGAUGAUGGGUUUGCCACCGGGUGGGGAGGAUGCGCUGUCGCUGCCUGAACCCGGCGAGCCAUGUGCCUCAGGUAGAUAUCCACGCCCGAUAUGCGAUUGGGUUUUUGCCGAUGUGACAGGUCGCUGUUCGUUGUCAAUUGCCCAUAGACACCGCACCGUCCGAUCAUGCAC